UGCAUCCUCACUUCAUUGGCUAGUGUGGACGGACUCUCCGAGAAAACUAAACAACAAUUCUGUUUUCUCUCUCGCUCAUAUAAGCAGAACCAGCUGCCCAUUGCACUGACCAAAACGUCACUUUUUAGAGAGAAAGAGAGUGAGAGCUUUUGAUCGAUCUUUUUGUUGGUGAACGGAGCGAUGGCGUGCGCGAGUUUUGUAAAGUUACAGGCGUUGUCUUCAUCAUGGAUAGGUGAACAGUCCUUCAAUCAACGGCCGGGAUCGGCCUGUCAUUCGCCGACUCGCCGUGUCUCUGUCCGAGCCGGAUCUUACACUGAUGAACUCGUCAAAACCGCCAAAUCAAUUGCAUCUCCUGGUCGUGGUAUCCUUGCCAUUGAUGAAUCAAAUGCAACCUGUGGGAAAAGGUUGGCUUCAAUUGGAUUGGACAAUACAGAACUAAACAGACAGGCUUAUAGACAACUCUUGCUGACCACUCCAGGUCUGGGUGAAUACAUUUCUGGCGCCAUUCUUUUUGAAGAAACACUUUACCAGUCAACAACUGAUGGGAAGAAGUUUGUGGACUGCUUGCGAGAUGAGAACAUUGUACCGGGCAUCAAAGUUGAUAAGGGUUUAGUUCCAUUACCAGGAUCCAACAAUGAAUCUUGGUGCCAAGGAUUAGAUGGAUUGGCUUCUAGAUCCGCUGAAUACUAUAAACAAGGGGCUCGUUUUGCAAAGUGGCGUACAGUUGUCAGCAUCCCUUGUGGCCCUUCUGCUUUGGCUGUUAAAGAAGCUGCAUGGGGUCUAGCGCGUUAUGCUUCUAUUUCUCAGGACAAUGGCCUCGUGCCUAUAGUGGAACCUGAGAUUCUUCUUGAUGGGGACCACCCAAUUGAGAGGACACUUGAAGUGGCCGAGCGAGUAUGGGCAGAGGUCUUCUACUACUUGGCAGAGAACAAUGUUACGUUUGAAGGAAUUCUCCUGAAGCCCAGCAUGGUGACUCCUGGGGCUGAACACAAGGAGAAGGCUUCUCCGGAUACCAUUGCCAAAUAUACUCUCAGGAUGCUCCAAAGGAGAGUACCUCCUGCUGUUCCUGGAAUCAUGUUCUUGUCAGGAGGACAAUCUGAAGCGGAAGCAACACUAAACCUAAAUGCUAUGAAUCAGAGCCCUAACCCAUGGCAUGUAUCCUUCUCUUAUGCACGUGCACUGCAGAACACCGUGCUCAAGACAUGGCAAGGACUUCCGGAGAACAUAGAAGCUGCACAAAAGGCACUUUUGGUGCGUGCCAUGGCAAACUCCUUGGCCCAGCUUGGAAGGUACUCUGCUGAUGGUGAGAGCGAGGAAUCUAAGAAAGGAAUGUUUGUUAAGGGCUAUACUUAUUGAGUCAAUGGUUUUCUCCAGCUAGCUCCUCUUGGUCAGAGUAGUAGUGUACUUCCAGUUUUUGUCCCCCAGAGGUAUUAAACUAUAAAUGCUGAGGAGACUUAUUAGAUAUACUUAUUACUCCCGUUGUCUUCUUUUGAUCUUUAUAUUAGAGUGACCGAGUAAUAAUAUGUGAGAAAAGGUCGGGUUUGUGACAGUCGAGGAUACGGUGUACCAUCUGUAUGUUGAAAAUUUGGGUCCUUCAGAUUGUUCCUGCAGCUGUUCAAAUUGUGUUCUGUUAUUGAACUCUUUGGAUCUUGAGAUUGUUCUUGAAGUAAUCUGAAUAGUCUAAACA